AUGAUAUAUAUCAUAACUCGUGCAUCCAUUUCAAAUGCAUAUCCCAUUUUUGCACAGAAGGGCUAUGAAAAUCCACGAGAAGCGCCUGGACGUAUUGUAUGCGCCAAUUGCCAUUUAGCUAAUAAACCAGUGGAUAUUGAGGUUCCGCAAACGGUACUUCCCGAUACUGUAUUUGAAGCAGUUGUUCGAAUUCCUUAUGAUAUGCAACUGAAACAAGUUCUUGCUAAUGGUAAAAAAGGGGAUUUAAAUGUGGGGGUUGUUCUUAUUUUACCAGAGGGUUUUGAAUUAGCCCCAUCCGAUCGUAUUUCCCCCGAGAUAAAAGAAAAGAUGGGCAAUCUGUCUUUUCAGAGCUAUCGCCCAAAUCAAAAAAAUAUUCUUGUCAUAGGCCCUGUUCCUGGUCAGAAAUAUAGUGAAAUCACGUUUCCUAUUCUUUCCCCGGACCCCGUUACUAAGAAAGACAUUCACUUCUUAAAAUAUUCUAUAUACGUAGGCGGAAACAGGGGAAGGGGCCAGAUUUAUCCUGACGGGAGCAAGAGUAACAAUACAGUUUAUAAUGCUACAGCAUCCAGUAUAGUAAGCAAAAUCCUACGAAAAGAAAAGGGGGGAUACGAAAUAACCAUAGCGGAUGCAUCAGAUGGACGUCAAGUGGUUGAUAUUAUCCCUCCGGGGCCAGAACUUCUUGUUUCAGAAGGCGAAUCUAUCAAAUUUGAGCAACCGUUGACAAGUAAUCCUAAUGUGGGCGGAUUUGGUCAGGGAGAUGCAUAA